GCAGCAUUGGAGUCUUUUUAGGAAUGUGGAGGUGGUUAUGAUAAAUGGCUUGUCACCGUGGGGGAAUAAUCACUUGAUCCCUCGUGGGUCUUUAAGAGAACCACUUGAUGCCCUUUGUAGAGCUCAUAUUGGAGUUAUUCAUCAUGCUGAUUUGGUUUCUAGUACACGGUUGAAGAACAUUGUGUCGACGGUGCAGAAAAUUCAUCCAUCACUCCCUAUCUUCUUCUCCAGGUUGUCCCCCAUGUUUCUUUUUGAAGUCAAGAAUCCUCAUUCCAAACUACCACUAGCUCUGGCGAUUAAUAUGGUCAUAUUAUGUGUUUCUGCAAUUGGUUUUCCAGAGGCCUUUAUAAGGGGAAUUGAGGAGCUUGGGCCGUUGCAUGUUGAUAGAUUAGACUUCAGUGAUCACCAUUCUAUUGAACUAAAUGAUAUCAAUCUCAUCAGAAAAAUCCUCAGGCGUCUACAGAUUAGAUUUGGCGUCGAAGUUAUUGUACUCAUCACAGAGAAGGAUUAUGAUCGUGACCCUAAUAUUCUGAGAGAGGUUGAUGAUUUCCAAAUCAUGGUCCUUUGUUCUUCACUACAAAUCAUGCCUUUUGAGGAUCGAACAGAAGAGGAUUUCAGAAUGAAUCUGAAGAAGCUUCUGCUUUCAACCUGAGUAUGGUAUGAGAUGCUCGUUUCGUGUUUUGCCGAAUUUAAGAUUCAGCUUUUUUAUUGAUUUUUAAAGCAGUUUUUUAGUAUAAAAUUUUUUGUACUAAUAAGCUAUUUAAAACAAACAGUAAGAAAGUAAUCCCAAACGAAAACCUAAGAGAGCAAACGAGAAACACACGUGGCCCUACUUUUUUUUUUUUUUUGAUUGGAAAAUCAACUAAAAUUAUAACAUGUUUAUAAUUUGUUCUUGGAUUUUUAUUAUAAUUUUGUGAGCAAUGAACGUUUGUAUUAUGUAAAUAAUAAGCGAAGUCCUAAAACAAUUAAUUUC